AAACACCCCCGGAAGGCGGGUGACCGACGGAAUAUACUUCCUACACGCUAAUUCCUUUCUAUCGACUGAAGCACACAGCCGUCUUUCAUGGAUUCUCAAAGUGCUUGGCUAUCAGAGACAUCGUCGCCGGUGGUGCAAGCCCCAGUCAUCUUUUCUCAGGCUGCGGAAGUCGGCGGAGAAUGUAGUGACUGUGAAGAACGUCCUGUGGUUUUCAAGUGCCCACGGUGUCCCCUCCCGCUUUGUGAGAUUUGUUGGCAUGAAAAACCAACCCACAAGAGAGGAGCCGUAGGUCAUCAACAACUUCUUCUGGACGGGUCUCCUGUGGAAGAUCAACCCAACACCCUACGGUUGCUGGAACAGGCUCUCAAGUCCGACUGGUCUCAAGAGUGUCGGGAAGAACAGCACCGCGCCGACUACACCACAGUCUGGUUCGCAAUCACCCAAUCUGAUCAGGAGUCGCUGAGCAUCGAAUCGUUUGCGCGAUUCCGAGACCUCAUACAUCAACAUCGCCAAAGCCAUCCAACCGUGGAACAUGUUUACCCUCGUCUGGUAUCCUUCAUGGGCGGUAGUGGAGUCGGAAAGAGCACCCUGAUUCAUGCCAUUGUUAGGCAGCUUUGGGUGCCUACUGCGGAAGGCGGAUUUGAAACAAGCUGUCAAGUUGCUGCUCCAGUCAUUGGCGACGACAGUGCAAUUCCAACGUCUUCCGACGUUCGCCUUUACGGCGAUCCAAUCGGUAGCAGAGACGGGCCUGAGAAUCCGAUACUCUUCGCAGACUGCGAAGGCUUCGAUGGCUUGAGUCGAUCUGCUGCAGCCAAUGUACUCGAGCAAGAUAAUAAGGCCAAUAGGCAGGCCAACCAUCAGUCUGAGGGGUCUGCAGAGGGCUCGUCUUCACGUUUCAUAAACAGAACAUGGGAUAGCAUCCGUCGCAAGCUUCAGUGGUCCGGCGAUGUCAAAGGCCGUCGGUAUUCUGCUCUGGAGCAACUGUUUCCCCGGCUCCUGUACAACGUUUCUGAUGUACUGGUGUACGUCAUUUCUGAAGCGGAGAAGAAGCAAUUGGGAGGGGUUCUCCAACGUCUCGCCGACUGGUCACAAAAGUCCGCAACAGCGGCGAUCAAUAGGACGUCACUCCCAUCACUCAUCGUUGUCUUGAACCGGUCCGAUCCGAAUUCGUCGGAUUGGGAACCUGACGAGACAACCAAUCGACUGUUCCAUGAUCAUCUUGAAGUCCUACAAUCAGUUCUUGGGCAUUGCUUUUCCUCAGUCAACUUCAUACGUAUCCCUCAUCGAAAAGACCUAGCACGGUUGGCGUCUCAGACCAAACUCCUUCGCGACAUGAUAAACCACGCGUCUAUGAAAGCUUAUAAAGCUAAACUUGCAUCCAACGCCUUGCUUGAGGCGGAGCAUCAAAAUCUUUUCUGUCGCAUGGCUUUUGAACAUUUUUCACAAUAUCGAGACAAGCCUUUCGAUUUCAUAGAGACGUUCUUCUCGAUUACACCACUGCCGACAAAUUUGGCGAACAGCUUGGCCAACAUGCUCCUUGCCGCCACCAACUCACUCGUCACCAAAGAACGGCCCUUGCACUCCGAAGCUUUAGCUGAGAUCCUACUUGAGACUGUGACUCCCGUGAUCUGUUCAGCCAUCGCCAUAGAUGUACAUCGAACUUACAAUCUACUUCCUGGCUCACUUUCUGGCCUUAUACAGGGGGAGAUAUCCCACCCUGACGAAUCCGACCUAAACUUUCGGGAGUUUUCCUACGAGAGACAAAUCGAGGAAGCAUGUCAAACGUUCCUCGACAUGACAUGCAGCUGUACAUACAGCAGAGCCGGGAACAGUUGCGUCAACAAAGCUGUAGCCCAUGCACAAGACCGUCCCCAUCAAGAUUCUUGGGGUAACGACAUAGGGCGUGGGAGCGCUGGCUCCUAUGAAGCAGACGACUUCCACAAUCAUUUCAGUUCUUCAUGGCAUGCUGGGUUUCUCAGAGGUAUAGACGACCUCGACGAGAAAAGAGAUUCAUUGUUGUCAAAGGGCAAGACAGACUUUGUAAUGCCCAUGCUGUGGGCAAUUCACAACGAUUCGAUUCUGCGGAUGCACAGAACGGUCGACAAUUUGAAAUUCCCCGACUUGUUGGGAUGUUUCUGGUGUUUGAAACAUGUGCCGACUGAACGACUACCAUGCGGCCACUGGAUCUGCGAAUCUUGCUUGUAUCAGAUGUCUGAGACAUGCUUGUAUGAUGACCGACUUUACGUCAUUCGACGUUGCAACCGUCACGCAGGAGGUCUGGUAUUCGACUCAGCAUUUGAGUACCUCCGUCUCCCAUCGACGCUUGGGCGAAGACUUUUAUCCUUAGACGACGGUGGCGUAAGGGGCAUCGUUCAACCAGUCAUUCUCAAAGAGAUACAGGAAGAACUCGGCCGUGAGUUCCCUGUUCUGGACUGCUUUGACCUGAUCGGAGGUACCGGCUCUGGUGGUAUCAUCUCCUUAGGGCUGGCAUCGUCCAAUUGGCGUAUCACUGACGCCGCGGAAAAGUUUCGACAACUUGCAGCCAUUGCAUUUUCCGAAAGGAAUGAUUGGAGCCCGUUCUUUUGGAGAUCCAAGCCAACUUAUCGGUCCGAAAACUUGGCAAAGGGUGUCAAACUUGCAUUUGGGCCUGAUGGAGAAUCGCAAAUGACUGAAUCCAUGUCUAAACGAAAAGCCUCUGGACAUAACCCAGCCCGGAUGUUCGUGACAGUUUCGGUGGCUGCCCAGGCUGGCGAAGUGGUUGCUAACUACCACAGACCGCGAGACGGUGGCUCGGAAAAAACACACUUCGGACCUGUGGCCCAUGCCCAUUCAUGUGACCUCAGCAUUGAAGCCGCGGCUCAAGCAACUUUCUCUUUGCCAGGCUUAUUUGAUCCAAUUCGAAGCGGAAAAGGCAAAGAAUAUAGCGGCGGCGGUCCUGAGUAUUCCAAUCCCGCCAGAGAAACUGUCAUUGAAGCCCAGAGAAUAUGGCCAAAAGCAUCAAAUCUGCAUCCCGACGUCCUAGUUUCCAUCGGCACCGGCUGCUUAGGGCGGCAACCCACAUCUUCUGAAUCAUCAGAGCCACGUCCCCAGCACGGUGUCAAUAACGCCGAUAUGACUUGGAACGAACUUUUCGGUAAACUCGCAGAAGACAACUACAAUCGCUACAUACGGCUUUGCCCAGAAUUUCCAUAUUUCCUUCCGGAAAUUGACCAAAUACGCGUGUUGACGGGAGCAAACCGACAUAUGGAGACUGUCACCGCCAACUUCCUCACAAACGAUCGAAAACAGAUAAUUACCAAUGGUAGCAAUGGUAGCCAAAUAGGUCUUGUUGUUCGUCGCCUGGUAUCGACGACAUUCUAUUUUCAACGGACAAAGGCAGUUUCAGAGGGUAACGGUGAUAUCAUCAUUUCAGGCGUCAUACGAUGCCGGUACAAGAACACUUCGGACAUUGUCAAGGCGUUUGGGAAGAAGAUCAGAGGGUACAUGAACGCUUGCUUCAUCAUUGAGCCUUCGCAUGCCGUGCUUUGGAGCUUCAACAUGGAGGCUCUUGACCGAAUGAAUGGCGAAGGACGUUUCCACGCUGACAUUGAUUUCCGCCUUCCAGCUUCGUCGGCGGUAGUGGAUAUCAGGUUUGCUGCCAAGGGCUUCUUUGCGGAGAGCAUCAGCGGAUGUCCUCUUCCAGUAGAUGACCUGCAAAAAAGCCUCUAGUCUCAUGUCAUGAACGAUGCAUGGAAGACAAAAUUGAGUAUUGAGCAUGCCACUUUUCGGAUGACUUUCGAAUGACUUUCGGAUGAGGUAGGAGGCAAGUGUGUCUCGUACGCUUGCCUCUAUGUAGAAAGAAGCCACAUGCAAAUGACUAUUACAAAGCUGGGAUUGCGUUCGUACGGACAGCUUUUGCGUAAAACCCCUAGCCGCCUGCCUUUACAGUGUCCUAUCUCUCUUCACGCUGGAUUGGCCCUUUCUCUCACUGCCACUAAAACCCAAAAUCCCACUCAUCCCCUUCCUUCUUACCGACACAUCAAGGGCUUGCCGUGCAAGACAUGUCACUUGACUUAAUUCGCGGCAUCAUGCUUCGCUUCUUGGCUGCCUAUCCAAAUGUUGAGAGUGUGCCAAUGGACUGUGAAGGAUUUCUCGUCG